CUAAAGUUUGCAACGAUCAAUUGUAGGAUCCGUGUCGUUUUAUAACGUGUCCAAUACCUGCAGUGCGAGUGAAAGAGAUAAAUAUAGUAUUGAUAAUAAAUUUAUUAAGAAAUCGUAUUGUGAAAAAGUAUUUCUGUUAUAUUUCUUUUUGAAGUAGAAGAUAUAUACGUACCUACAUACAUACAUAUAUAAUAUUAUUUUUUUUUUAUUAUAAAAUGUUUAAUAAUAGUAGAGUUAAAUAAGAUUUACCAAUCCACCAUUUUACUGUGCCCUAAAGUUGUUUCCGGUGUCUGUAAAAUAAAGAUUAAAUUAAGAACUGAAAAUAAAAUGUAUUGAUAGUGUUGCAAUUUGAAAGAAUGUGUUCUAUUUUUAUAACACAGCUAAAUUAUUCAACGAACAGCAGAACAUUUUUAGUGAUAAUUCCAAAAUAAAUUUGUGUAUAAGUACAUAUUUAUGUAUAUUCUCUGUUCCCUAUUGAGAAAAAGCAAAAGUGAACAAAUUAUUUCAUUCGAAAACACGAAAUUCGAAAUUUUAAGCGAAUUAGAAAAAGAAAAAAAUUAUUUGAAAUAAUGUAAAAAUACAAAUGAACUUUUGUACCAGGCAACACGACGGACGGACAAGUGAUUCGAUUUUAGUUGAGUUGAUUCAAACGACUUGAUUGAUUGUAAUUUUUAGAGUGUAUGUGUUGCUGCACUAAUUGCGGGGCACCUCUUAGAAGAUACAUUAAGUACACUUAAAGAAAGAAAGUGUUACGCAAUUGUGUAUGUAUAUUUAUUGUAAAAUAAAAACGAACAAAAAGAUCAACAACUACAAAAACAACAACGACAACAAGAAGCAGAAUAGCCGCAACCACUAGCGACCAGCAGCAAAAAAUAAAAAAAAGAAACAAGAACAACCGUUUUAAAAUCAGCCAUUUUAGCUUUUUUCGUUUGUUUGAAUUUUUUUUUGUACAAACUGCCAGGGCACUUGUACUUUGUCUUGGUUGUGUGAUUUCUUGGUGGCGAUAUUAGUGGUACCUAUAUACACAAAGAACUUCCUACAGUUAGCCGCAUCACCAUCACCAUUAACAUCAUAAUCAGCAUCAACAUCGUCGGUCGCAUCAUUCAACGCCAUAAUCGAGCGCAAUUGCAUUUCCCCCAUUUAAGCAAAUAUUUUCAAUAUUCAAUCCCUCGAAGUGUAUUCUGUUAAAUGCAUCAUUUAUAUCCAUCGCUGAAAGGUGAUCAACUAUGUCCAUUGGGAUUUCAUCCACAGACACGUUAUCCGACAAGAUGUAAACGUUGUUUUCGUGACUACAAAGAGCAUGGUGGCCGACGUGGGGGCGAAGAUGUUGCAGCAUCAUCGCCAAACCUCUCAGAUGGUUUUAACUCAAGGCCAUCAUCCCGAACAUGGACCUCUACUCAAAACCUUUCUUCGGUAAAUGGCAGCAGUAAUGAUAUUGUUGUACACUUCAAUGUAGAAUUGAAAAAGCGGCCGCAGUCAUGGGCUUCAACGCCCGAUAUAGAUGAAGUUGAUGACGGCGCCAGGGGCAGUUCUCGUUUUGGCGGCAAAUCUACUGAUGACAACAAUGUAGAUGUCACGCUCAAGAUGCCAGUUCCACCAAGACGACAUACAACAACGUUAGACAUAAAAGAGGUGGAAAAUUCUCUGACACCGAAUUCUUCAGCAUCAUCGUCUUCCAAAAAUAUUCCAGAUGACUUGAUCAUUCUCUCAACAGACAGUUUGGCUGAGCGGGUGAGAAAAAUGAAUUUGCUGAAAAAGCAACGUAGUCAAAAUUCCAGAGAAUCAAGUCGUGAACGAUCAGUGCCUCGAAAACAAGAACAGGAUAUCAGUGGUGCAGAUAGUAAACCUCCUCCAGAUCGACCUGAACGUACAAAAACUGCGUUAUCAAAUAGUACUGCAGAUGCCACAAAACAUCUAUCAUUGCCACCAAAGAAAACUUCAAGUUCAAACACUUCAAGUUCCUCAUCAAGCCAUACUCGACCAACUUCCGCACCUGUUAAUGAAACCCAUUCAACAUUACCACCUACUCCACCUAAAACAGUACCAACGAAAUUAAAAACAACGACUUCCUCUACAUCCAAUACCACGACAUCGGCUGCAACCUCGUCCUCAGCGACACGAAAAAAAGAAAACGAACGCCAGAAAGCUGCUCAGGCGGCUCAAGAUGUACAAUUUAUGCUGAAUAUAAAAGAAAACAGUUUCAAUAACAAGAAACAACAGAUGGACAACAUGUCAUUAACAACCGAAACUCCCUAUGCUGGCCACCAGUUAGACCGCGAACACUUGGAAGAAAUGGCAAAUUUACGUAAAGAACUUGAUGCGAUGAAAACUCGCGCAGAAAAAGCUGAACGUGAAAAAAGUGAUAUUCUAUUAAGACGUUUAGCUUCAAUGGAAACGGCUCCAAAUCGAACAGCUGCCUCUGAAGCUAUUAUGUUGCAGCAAAAAGUCAACGAACUUAAGGACCAACUCGAAAAGAUCACGGAUGAGAAACGAAAACUAAACAAUCGUAUGAAGGAGAUCGAAAACAACCCGAAAAGUGCAGAGCAUGAACUGAGACGUAAAUUACAGGCUGCCGAACAAAUCUGCGAGGAAUUGAUGGAAGAGAACCAAGAGGCCAAAAAGGAAAUUAUGAACCUGCAUGCUGAAAUGGACGAACUGCAGGACACCUUCCGAGAUGAUGAUGUGAAAGCUAAGACAAGCUUGCAAAAGGAUCUUGAAAAGACUACCAAGAAUUGUCGAAUUUUAAGUUUUAAAUUAAAGAAAUGCGAACGUAAAAUAGAGACUUUGGAACAAGAACGUCAGAAUAGUGGUAACGCGGAGCUAACCGCCAGAAUUAAACAAUUGGAAGACGAGUUAAGAUUUUCGCAGGAACUUUCCAAAAAAUUACAGAUCGAAGCUGAAGAUUUACGUAAUCCCGGCAAGAAGAAAGCUCCCAUGCUUGGAGUUUUGGGUAAAUCUACCUCUGCUGAUGCCAAGUUCACCAGAGAAUCUCUUACUCGUGGUGGUUCACAAGAAGAUCCUCAACAGUUGCUUAGAGAUUUACAGGACUCUGUCGAAAGAGAAUCGGAUCUUAAGGAUCAACUUAAAUUUGCCGAAGAAGAAGCUGAAAAUUUAAGGAAAAAAGUUGCCCGUAUGGAGGAUGAAAAUGAUUCUCUAAUGAUGCAGUUGAAAAAAAUGGCAACACGCUCUAGAACACGCAAGCUCAGUCCUACGCCCCAUCGUUUAGCUCCUGAGGUACAAGCUGAACGUGACGAGGGCAUAUCCGAUGAAGAUGAUCCGGCUGAGUUGCGCAUUCUCUUGGAGCUUAAUGAACAAGAGGCUUCCAUACUCCGUCACAAGGUUGAAGAAUUGGAAAAACAAAAUUCAGAGUCUAAAAAGCAAGUUCGAGAACUUCAGGAUAAGCUAUCAACUUCUGCAGAUAAACGAAAUACAUUAGGGUCUUGGGGUAAUAAUUCAUCGGAGAAGAGACUGAAAGCCUUAAACGAUGAACUCGAACAGCUAAGAAAGAGCAUAUCCGAAAAAGAUAAACACAUUGAAAGGUUACAAGCGGCUGCUUCCGCUCAGACCGGAGCAAAUUCUAAACGGCAGUUGGAAAUGGUCGAACAAGAAGCAAUCGUCUUACGUUCUAAAAUUACAGCUUUAGAAACAGAAAACGAACGCGUACAAAAAGAGGUCAAGCGUUUGCAAUUGCAAGCAUUGCGUAAACAAUCUUCAACUGAGAAGAAUGGAAACACGCAGGAGCUGGCAAAACUUAAAGAGACACUUACUAGCGUCGAGGAAGAGCGAGAUGUUCUUCAAACGAAACUGAAACGUAUUUUACAAGAAGCUAAUGAAAAACUGCCACCGAGAACAACUGUACGUAUAACAGAUUUAACGCCGAAAAAUCAGUUAAAAAAAUGGGUUGAAGAGUUGGAUGAUGAAAUAAGUGAAAUGAGGGCUAUUGUUGCCAAUAGUGGGGCUCAUACUGUAAAGGCUUUGGAAGGUGAGAAAAAAUCGCUGGAAAAUGAGUUGAGAGAAUAUAAAACCAAGCUUAAUCAAGCCGAAACAGAUUUGCAAAAACUGAAAUCAUCAUCCACUCCAAAGGUACAAGAUUUGGAGAAACAGCUUAAAAAGACCGAGGAGGAAUCCAAACAAUUGAACUCAAAGAUCAAGGAACUUGAAGACAAAAUCAAGAAACAAGAUAAUUUGAUCAAGAAAUCUGAAUCAAGCAAGGCAUCAUUAGAACAGCAAACGAAAUCUGAAAAGGAAAAGCUUUCCAAAUUGGAAAAGGAUUAUGAAAAAGAACACAAGGAACGUGAAAAACUAGAAGGAAAACUGUCACAAAAGGAUAACGAACUAACGCAGGCACGCAAAGCUGCCGAAAAAAUUAAAACCAAUCUGGAAAACGAAAUCAAAGAACUUAAAACUAAAUCUUCAAAAACGGAUACCAAGCAGGUACAGGAUCUCAAAAAACAACUAGAAGAGUUACAUGAAACCCUAGAUAAGGAAUCAAAACGUUACAAUGACCUAAAUGCCCAAUGGGAGAAGAUGUCCGAAGAAACGAUUCUGAUGAGAGCUCAGCUAUCGACCGAAAAAAAUAAUCUUCAAACUGAACUGAACAAUGCCAAACAGAAAAUAUCCGAGUUGGAAACAAUUCGUGUCAAUCGUUCAGAAUUGGCUAAAAAGUUAAAUGAUGCUCAAAAGAAGAUACAGGAAUUGGAAACAAAAACCCUCAAGAGCGGACAUUCAGAAUAUGAAAAGACAAUGCUGCAAAACAAGUUGGACGAAAAGACCCAAGAGUAUGAACGUCUAAGAAGGGAGAAUGAAAUGAACAUCGAUUUGGUGUUCCAACUGAGAAAGGAAGGCGAUGAGUUGAACCGAAAAUUGAACGAUUUCAGUCGUAUCGAACAGGCUCAAUCGUCCAUUAACGGUCACAGUGUCAGUUUGGAAAAUGAAAUCAAAUCAUUAAAAAUAAAAUUGGAAAAUUCCGAAAUGCAAUUGAAGUCGGAAGUGGCAUCAACACGUCUACGAUAUGAACAGCAGGUUAAAACAUUAAGUGGAGAGCUGACCUCAAUGCAUCGUCAAUGUGAACGUUUCAAAAAGGAUCGUGAUGCGUUCAAGCAAAUGUUGGAGUCGGCCCAAAAGAAAAUUGGAGAUCUUAAGGCUAACAAUACUGGCAGACAAAGUAGAGGUUCAAUGCACAGCAGCGAUGAAGACGAUAAGAGUAAAAUUGCUUAUUUGGAACAACAGAUUGGUUGUUUGGAAGAUCAGCUAGUAGAUGCUCGUUUGGAAGCUAGCAAAGUCAAGACUGAAUUGGUUUCGGAGCGUAGUGCAAAUGAGAUAAAAAUAUCCGAAAUGCAAUCGAAACUUAAUGAAUUUGAAGAGGAAAGAGUAAUCGGCUCUGGCCGCACCAAAAUUCCUGGUAUGAAGACCAAACUUGAGCUGUCAUGGCAGAAAGAACGUGAAGAUCAACAGAGAUUAUUACAAGAGACUUCAACGCUGGCCAGAGACUUACGUCAAACUCUAUUCGAAGUGGAGCGUGAACGUGAUAAGGAACGUUUGGAGUCAAAACGUCGUCAGGAUCAAUUGAAACGUACCAAUGAAGAGGAAAUGGAAGAGGGUCGCAGAAAAAUCGCUGAAUUACAGUGCGAUUUAUUAGAGUUGCGUGAUGUUCACGCUAAACUCCGAACAUCAAAUGAGAAGUUACGAAGAGAGCGAGAGCGUUAUGAAAAGGAGUUGGUUAAACGGCGCAUGGAACAAGAAGGUGGUGAUCGAAAGCUUGGUGCACUAUUGCACACAGUUGAUGAGUUGGUAAAAAUAGCUCCAGAUUUAAUGGGAGGAAGAGUGCCAGCUACACCUAAUGAUUUAAGACCAGAACCAAUAUCCACAAAAAGAUCUCGCAGUCCUUCCCCGUCUAUGAAUACAUCACAUGUUGGCAGCGUUCUAGCACGUUUAGCCGAAGCCUCUGAUGAAUUGCGUAAAUUCCAACGUAUUAACGAAGAGGAGCAUGAGCGUAAUCGUAUGAGACGUGGUAAUUUGCGAAGAGCUGCUUCUCAAGAGAAUGAUCCGCAUGGUAGUCAAAGUUCUGUGGCAAGUGCAGGGGGCUCUCAUCGAAAUGGUUCCAAAUUAUCACGUUCCGGUCAUAAUGGCAGUCUAAUAAGAAAAAGUCUAUCACUGGAUCACUCAAUACAACAAGAUCAGAAUAUUUGGCGUCAGGAUGAUGGCAGUGUUUCGUCAAUGCAAUCUAUUGAUUCCGAAUUGGGAGGUAUGGUGCGUGAUUCAAGCUAUGAUUCACGUUUGGAUUCCCGAUUAUCGGGCGGUUCAACUCAAAGUGAUAUUCCACGUGGUCCACGUAAGAAGAAGAAGGGACUUAUGGGAAAGUUGAGAAGUCUCACCAAGAGUGGACGCAAUUCCGAAAGUGAAAUAUCUAUUCAAGGAUCGGACUCUGAUAUAAGUGUGGCCAGUGACAUGAGGGCCAGUAAAAAGGAUUUACGUGGCCGUCUAUCGGGCAUGUUCAAACGUUCAGGUUCGACAUCACGAAGCGGCAGUACGGAACGUAUGUCAAGUGAACAAAGACCAGUAGCUGUUGUUGUUGUAGGCGAUGCAGAUGGACCUCAGCCUAGAGAUCCCCCACCUGCCAAUGCUCUGACACCAAAACCAAUUAGAUCUAUUGCAAAGCCUCCAACGCCUACACCAACAACACCGGUGACCAGGAGAAGAGCAGCUAAACAAUAAUGAUUAGUUCGGGCAUACAUUUUUACUCAUUUUAUUUAACACAUUUUGUAAUGUAUUGUUAUAAAUUGGAUUACCAUUUAUUUUCACAUACCAUAAUUGAUUAGAAUCUUUUUAUGAUUUAAAUUAUACACAAAUAAAUAUUGUUACACCAGUUUAAA